GGUAACUAAUGAAUGAUGGCGAUUGGAUAUAAGAUAACGGUGGAGCCUGUCCUCUUCCUGUACAUGUUGGCUGUGUUCAUGUUAUAUCCAGCACUGCAGGAUCUUAUAUAUACAAAGGUGUGUCUCCAAGACUUUGCAAAAAGAAUAUGCCAUGAUUUGUACAAUCCAGAAAAUCGUGAGGCUCUUGAUCUUGUUCAGACAGGAUCAUCGCACUGGGUUCUAGGGUCAACCCUCAUGUUAGCUCUGCCUUCUAUUGUAACAGCUCAGUUCUUGGGCUCAUGGAGUGAUACGUAUGGCCGUAAAAUACCAAUGCUUUUGCCACCAGUUGGUGCAAUGUUUGCCAGUCUUCUCUACAUAAUCAUGAGUGUUCACCUGUAUCAGACACCUGUUAGCCUGGUCCUUCUGGCAUCAUUCUUGACGGGAUUAUGCGGAGGGUUUACGUCUUGCAUUCUUACUUGCAUGAGCUAUGUUGCGCAGGUCAGCAGUUUUCGCACAAGAACUGUCCGUGUUGGGAUCCUGGAAAGCAUGAUCUUUAUGGGAGGAACCAUUGGCCCUCUGCUUGGCGGUUGGGUGCAGGAGGCUGGCGGAAGACCUGCAACAUUCACCGUCAUUAUGGCAUGUCAUGCAGCCAUCGUCAUUUACAUCAUACUCUGUGUUCGGAAUAUUCCACCAAGGCAUCCUCCACAGGGAUACUGGGUACGUGAUGGUUGCGGCUGCCAGCACCUGCGUGAGUCAGCAAGUACUGUGAUUAGGGAGAGACAGGAGAAUCGUCGAUCAUAUAUUGUAUUGUUGUUGGCAUCAGCAACAGUAGUCAUGAUUUGCACUGCUGGUGAAUUGGACAUAUCAUACCUUUUUGUGAAGGACAAGCCAAUAGAAUGGGCCUUUGAGAAAUAUACAUGGUAUUUCUCCCUGAAAUAUGGGCUUGGAGCUGUGGCACUGCUUGGCAUUCUUCCCUUAUGCUCAAAAGUGCCAGACACAAUACUGGCACUUGUAGGCCUUGUGAGUAAAGCUUGUGGUUUGGUGGUGCUCGCCAUUGCCUGGGAGGACACAGCAGUGUUUGUGGGAGCGGCGGUGUCCAUGCUGAGCACCUGGUCCAUGCCAACCCUGAGAGCUGCCAUGUCCAAGUUGGUCGAACCAAAUGAGCAAGGGAAAUUGUUUGCAUGCGUAGCUCUGCUUGAGAAUGCUUGUACACUAGUUGCGUCUGGAGUGUUCAACAGCAUCUACCCAGCGACAAGGCAUAUCUUCCGUGGGUUUACCUUCCUGAUGGCUGCGACGUUUCUUAUUCUGCCCAUUGUCAUAAUCAGUGUUCUACACAAGGCUUUGCGACAGUUCAGUAAGUAUGAUUCAGUGGAGCUUGCAGAAGAAGCAAGGGAGGAAUUUGAGGAUGCCGACAGUGACAGGAAUGUAUCUCCUACUGCCCAAGGAGAGGACAUUUCUCCCGGCCAAGAGGAUGGCUCUGGUGUAAGGUAUGACGAAAACACUCAGGAACAGAAUUCUGGAAUGAACAACAGUGAAAUCGUCACAGUAGCUGCAGGUAGUGAAAGUGCUUGAAGUAAAGCAUGCAGACUGAAGUGGUGGGAGAUGGUAAACAUAUUAUGAAAGAAUCUUUUGCUUCAUAAGAUUAAGAUUUGAUUUGUGGCUUUGUGUUAUAACCUGUUGGUCUCCCAGCUGUUCAAACCUUUUUAUUAUGGAUGAUGUAAUUAUUAUUUGAGAAUCUGGAUACAGAUUACAAAGAACAAAAUAUAUGCCAGGCAUGAUUUUGCAAGGAGGUAUUUUUAGUUGCAUAUUGCAAUGAAAACAGGACUAUUUCUUCAUUAUUUCUCUUAUAGUAUGAAUGUAAUAUAAUGUUUGUAUAUAUAUAGGAACGUAUGUAUUAAUUUGCAAGUAUGUGAUGCCUUAAUAAGAACAAAGUUUUAAUUAUUUUUCAAGAGGAAAAGUUAUUUGCUCAUAUUUUUGACGCAGAUGAAAGAAAAUAUUGAGAUUUUGAUACUAAUAAUUUUGUGUAGAAUGGGUAUUGAGUGACAACAUAUUUCAAAGCAAUACUGGAGGCCUUUAUCAACGUUUGUAUGUGUGAUUGUCAUUGGUUAUGAACGUAGGAUUUUUGCAGAGGAGGCUAUGCCUGCAUGAGUUGCUGCCAAACUGUGCAAGAUCUGCAAUUUCCCCAAUUAGGCAUAGGUCUAGAGUUCUAGCAUACAAUUUUUCCUCAGUAUCUUUCAGUAUUAAUAAUUUUUUCUCCUUUUAAUGAGGAGGCUGAAAUGCUGUUCUUUAACUUUUUUUAUUUCUAGGGUGUGAUAGACUGUGAGGAUGUGACUUGGCACUUGGCCAAUCCGUAAGGAUCAUUUUUAAUGUGUUCAGCAUUAAUGUCAUUUUUACUGGUGGCUUUUCUUCAAGGAUACUACAAAUUUUCCAUGAAAGAAUUCCUGAAAUGGUUAAUUAUAAGGUGUGAGAAAUAUUUUGAAGCAUAGCUUUAACUAUGUAACUCCAUGCUUCUUUAUAUAAUGAAAUUUAAUACUCUGCAAUUACAGGUCCAUUAGAGAGAUUAUUGAUACUGUACUUUGUAGAGAUAGAUAUUUCUAGAGAUAGACUUAGUUCAGGUUUUUGGCUUUUGAAGCUUAUCAUGCAAGCUGUAUAGUCUGUGUCAUAUACUCCAUCAAAAAGAUAUUCUGGGACAAGAAUUCUCAAAAGGAUGUUGAAUGUUAGGUACCAAAGAUUAUUCUAUUUUUCAAAUUUGGUUCCAGUGCUCCACUAUUCGGGUGGAGUAAGGCCAUUUUUCAACUGACUAUCAUUCACAAACACGCACCCAUCACA